GCUUGCUCCAUGCCGCCACUAUUACAACACUUGUCAACGACCUUUAACACUUUUGUGUUGCAGUCAUUUGUACUUUGCUCCUACAUGAUCUCCAAGUAACCAUGUUACUUCUGCGGAGAGCCAUCUUUGCGGUGGUGCGGACGAAGUGCUGUCGCUCAUUUUGUUCCUCAGAAAGUCUUCAGAUGGACAGAAAAGGCUUGGUGCUGGGAGUGUUCCAGAAGAAGGGGAAGGAGGACAGCCUUCAUCUGACGGAGACUGCCGCAGGUUUUGACCGCCAAGUGUCUGGGAAACUCUCCGAACUGCUGAAAAUUUCCGGACCGGCUCUCAAGAAGGGCAAAAGCAGAGUCUUCUACGGACUCCACAAGGACUUCCCGUGUGUGGCUGUGGUGGGGCUGGAUGACAUCACAGCAGGUGUGUGCGGGGCGGAGAACUGGGACACCACCAAGGAGAACAUCCGCCAAGCCGUGUCGGCUGGUUGUCAGGCGCUUCAGGACCUGGAGGUGACGCACGUGGAGGUGGACGGCUGCGGCGAUGCUCAGUCGGCAGCAGAGGGCGCCCUUCUGGGCUUGUUUCAGUAUGACCAGCUGAAAUCCAAGAAGAAGUCCAAAGUGAGCCUGCAGCCUCGUGAAAGUGCUGACUCGACGGCGUGGGCGAAAGGAGUCGUGUACGCAGAAGGCCAAAACCUGGCCCGCCUCCUCAUGGAAGCCCCAGCCAAUCACAUCACUCCCACUGCUUUCGCCAACACCAUCCAAGAGAAGUUAGCGCAGCAUGGCGACCGGGUCGUAGUGCAAAAGAGAUCCCAGGCAUGGAUAGAAGAGCAAGGCAUGGGAGCGUUCCUCAGUGUAUCCAAGGGCUCAGAGGAGCCUCCUGUCUUCCUGGAGCUGCAUUACAACGGUUCCCCCGACAGCAAGCAGGCCCCGCUGCUCCUCGUCGGCAAGGGCAUCACCUUUGACAGCGGCGGCAUUUCUCUCAAGCCUUCUGCCUCCAUGGAUAUGAUGCGGGCCGACAUGGGCGGAGCCGCCACCGUGUGCGCGUCCGUCAUCACGGCAGCAUCCCUCAAGCUGCCGCUCAACAUCAUCGGUCUGGCUCCACUGUGUGAGAACAUGCCCAGCGGAAAGGCCACCAAACCAGGCGAUGUGGUCACGGCCAAGAAUGGAAAAACAAUCCAGGUUGACAACACCGAUGCGGAGGGAAGACUGAUCCUCGCUGACGCACUUUGUUACGCACACACCUUCAACCCCAGAGCUGUAGUCAACGUCGCCACAUUGACAGGUGCGAUGGACGUUGCACUGGGAUCAGCAGCGACCGGAGUCUUCACCAACUCUGAUUGGCUGUGGGAGCAGUUACACAAGGCUAGUGUGGUGACAGGUGACAGAGUGUGGCGGAUGCCUCUGUUCCAGCACUACACCAAACAGGUGACCGACUGCCAGCUGGCAGACCUCAACAACAUCGGCAAGUACAGCCGGUCCGGCGGAGCGUGCACGGCCGCUGCCUUCCUGAAAGAGUUUGUCACGUCUCCUCAUUGGGCCCACUUGGACAUUGCCGGAGUGAUGAGUAACAAAGAUGAAAUCCCCUACCUGAGGAAAGGCAUGUCUGGAAGACCAACACGCACCCUGGUGGAGUUUGCAGCCGCCUUGGCUCACCAGGGCUAACCAAAUGACAAAAAAACCCCCACAUGAAAUGGUCAAUUAGUGACGUAUUCACCAUCUUCGGGAAAAAAAAAAUCCACCCAAGUGAACAUAAUGAAUUGAGGCCAUUUAUUCAGCACUGUAUGAUUGAUGUACUGUAUAUACCAAUAAAUUAUAAAUCAUUACAAA